GUUUCAUAGGUGGCUUGAUGCUCAUCAAUAAUACCUUAUUACCAACAAACCUUACAGAUACCUUGCCUUUCUCCGUAAGUAGGCCAAAAGCCAACAAUCCAUCCAUCCAUCCACCCGUCUCGCCGUCUCCCUUCUCUAACUGCUUGUGCUUCAAGCAACCAAGCAACCGACCACUACCACUACCCCCUUAGUGCCCUGGCACC